GUCAUCGCCUCGCUUGUCAACGCGCAGUUCAGCAAGCUGCUUCCCUGUUGGAUGCCACAGCCACAGCGAGGGUUCAUUCCUGUCCUGAACUUCGGCGUCAAUUUUCUCGAGCUUGACGUACUCGCGCGCGUCUGCUCUUGCGCUCCGACUGACAGCGUCGACGCGCCAGUCGCCAUGGCGCGAGACGCAUUCGCGGCCAUCCCCGGCCUCUCCCAGACACACGCGCGCACGGUGCCCCGCGCGACGCCGGCGCUUCCUGCUUUCGAGGCGACGUUUGACCAGCUGCGCACCGCGCUGCAGGCCGUCGCAAAG